GCCUGCUUGCAGAGCACGCCGCCGCAAUCACACGCCUCGAGCGCCGCCGAAAGCUACAGAUGGAGACCGUCAUCGGCAACCUCCACACACCGCCGCCCUGCCCCAUGGAUGAGGCCACUGCCACUGACCUGGCACGCCUCAUCCGCCUUGAGGAGGAGCUCCACCCCAGAGAGAUGGCCUGCCUGCUACAUGCAGCCCUCCACGGCCUCGACGCCCACCCUUUCACGCUAACGGCGAACUGCGGGACGCGGGCCACCACCCUUGUCUGCCCAACGUGCAGGGUGGUCGACUUGGCCAUCCCGCAAACCGCCUCUCUCAAGAGAACACUACACCGCCACGCCCGCUGCCACGCCGCAACCCAUGUCCUCAGCCCUCUUCAGGGGCGGAGCUGGUACGCCCGGCUCGUUUUCGCCCCUGAAGAGCAGGGCCUGGAAACAACGACGGACGCGCUAAAAAAAGCGCAAUAAGGGGGCCGAGAAGCUGCCCCCGCCAGCCUGCAGCCCGCACAUCACCCUGCCCUCAGCACGUCUCGUCAACAAAGCGCUGAGUGAGAAGAAACAGAACAGCUCUCCAACGCAAGCCCACCGGGCCUGCACAAGCCCGCCAGUCCUGACCUGUCGUCCCAACGCCACGCACGCACCAUGUUCGCCUGCGACGACUGCGAGCGGCAGUUCGCACACGCCCGCUCGCUCCAACGCCACCGCCGUGUGGACCACCAUGCACCUGCUCACCGUUGUGAGCAGUGCAAGAGGGCCUACCGCUACGGAUGGCAGAAACAGCAGUAUCUCCGCUCCGCCCACGAGCUGAGCGGCUCACACCGCUACCCCUGCUCGGCCCCGGGCUGCAUCUACCGGAGUACUACGAGAUCUAACUUAACGCGGCACUGGCGGACCUGCCACAGUGCCAUCGCCAAGGAACUCGCCGACGGGUACACCUCCCAACCUGCCCACCGACCUACCAAACCUGACAACCAGACCGACGACCCCCGCAAGGAGGCCGUCCGGGAGGCCCUCAAGACCUUCCUGACUAACGCGAUCGCUGCGGCCAUCACCCUGGCCCGCAGCGAAGCCCGACCAGUGACAGUAGACGACAUCCGUGCGGCGCUCUAGCCAGCGUCGCACGUCGACAAACAAAA